CCCACCACCCGUGGCUGCUGUGUUCAGACGGAGAAUGUUCUAGCGCUGGGGGCGGCUGCGCAUGAAGUCCUUGGGGGGAAAAGGAGCAGGCCAAGGGCGAUGGUGGAGUAGAGCUGCCUCACCGAGGCAGCAUGAGCUGAGAGGGUGAUAGGAAGGAAGGAGGCGCUAGACAGCAUGGAGGACUUUCUGCUCUCCAGUGGGUACCAGCUGGGCAAGACCAUUGGGGAAGGGACCUACUCAAAAGUCAAAGAAGCAUUUUCCAAAAAACACCAAAGAAAAGUGGCAAUUAAAAUUAUAGACAAGAUGGGAGGGCCAGAAGAAUUUAUCCAGAGAUUCCUGCCUCGGGAGCUCCAGAUUGUUCGCACCCUGGACCACAAGAACAUCAUCCAGGUGUAUGAGAUGCUGGAGUCUGCCGAUGGGAAAAUCUACCUGGUGAUGGAACUGGCUGAAGGAGGGGAUGUCUUUGACUGUGUGCUGAAUGGGGGGCCACUGCCCGAGAGCCGGGCCAAGGCCCUCUUCCGUCAGAUGGUCGAGGCCAUUCGCUACUGCCAUGGCUGUGGUGUGGCCCACCGGGACCUCAAAUGUGAGAACGCCUUGUUGCAGGGCUUUAACCUGAAGCUGACUGACUUUGGCUUCGCGAAGGUGUUGCCCAAGUCACGCCGAGAGCUGAGCCAGACCUUCUGCGGCAGCACAGCCUACGCCGCCCCCGAGGUGCUGCAGGGAAUCCCCCAUGACAGCAAGAAGGGGGACGUCUGGAGCAUGGGUGUGGUCCUGUACGUCAUGCUCUGUGCCAGCCUACCUUUUGACGACACAGACAUCCCCAAGAUGCUGUGGCAGCAGCAGAAGGGGGUGUCCUUCCCCACUCAUCUGGGCAUCUCGGCCGAAUGCCAGGACCUGCUCAAGCGGCUCCUGGAACCAGAUAUGAUCCUCCGGCCCUCAAUUGAAGAAGUUAGUUGGCAUCCGUGGCUAGCAAGCACUUGAUAAAAGCAAUGGCAAGUCCUCCCCAAUAAAGCAGGGGGAGAAAGCAAACCCAAAAACCCGCUUCUAAGAUGCUGAUAUGUAUUUUAC